AUGAUGGAUAGCGAUCAUUCAGACGCGGUGGAGCGCAGCAGCAGCCGCCGCCGCAGCAGCAGCACCAGCAGCAGUGGGAGCAGCAGCAGCAGCGGCAGUGAUAGACGAAACAGGGGCCGCAGCAGCAGCAGCAGGAGCAGCAGCAACAGCAGCAGAAGCAGAAGAAGCGGUGCGAGCAGCGAAGAAUCUGAUGGAGAUGAUUCAUUUCUUAGAGGGGGCGAGGAGGAGGUGUCUGAUGUGGAAGAGUUUUUGUGGGGUCGCCAGGGCUCUGCAGCAGCAGCAGCAGCAGAUUCAGCAGGAAGCGACAACGAUCUUCUAGAAGAGGCAGACUACAUCCGAGGCGAUGCUGCUGCUGCUCAAGGAGCCGGCGGUGCAGCAGCAGCAGAUGAGGAGCGUCAUACCAAGACAUCAGCAGCAGCAGCAAGUGCAGCAGCAGCAGCAAGGACGGUGCUGCAGCAGCAGCAAAACAAAGAUGCAACGAUCUUUGAUGAGGAGGCCCCUCCUUUCCUACGCCCUGUGCUGCUCCAUGAUGCAGCAGCAAGGCUGCGGAAGCAGCAGCUGCUGCUGGCAGCCCUCAACGACCUGACGCAUGCAGAAGUUCGGCAUGAUGCAGCAGCAGCAGCAGCUGCUGCUGCUGCUGCUGCAGCUGCAGCAACAGCAGCAGCAACAAGCCAUGAAACACCAGCAGAGGCCUCGCAGCGUCAGCAGCAGUUUCCAUCAAGGCGGCAGAGCGCAGGAGCAGAAUCGUCUUACCCACCCUCCCAGCAGCAGCAGCAGCAGCAGCAGCAGCAGCAGCAGCAGCAACAGCCGCAACAGCAGCAGCAGCAGCAGCAGCGGAUGAUGCUGAAAACACAAAAUCCAAAGCUGGCUAGGAUCAUGCAGAGUGUCUUCGGUAAAAGUAAACCCAUUGGCCGCUUCGGGGCGUACGGAGCGCAGCAAACAACAAAAACAGCAGCAGCAGCAGCAGCAAGUGCAGCAGCACCAACAGCAGCAGCAGCUGCAGCAGCAGGCGAUCAGCAGCAGCAGGCUUCGGAUUCCCACGCAGAAGGAAGGACGAUGGGCGCUGCUGCACCAGCAUCUCAAGGAACAGCAGCAGCAGCAGCAGCAGCAGCUGCUGCUGCUGCAGCAGCUGCUGCUGCACCGCAGCACGUGCCUACGGUGGAGCUGAGCAUUUCCCCUGGUGCAGUGCGGAGUCUUAAAGAUGCAAAUUUGCUGCUGAAGAGAGAAGGCUGCAGCAGCGACAGCAGCAAGCAGCAACAGCAGCUCUACGACAUCGAAGACAGCCACUUAGCCUAUCAACACCCUCGCUUCUGCGCCUUUGCAAUCUUUGAAAAGGAUUUAGUGCUGCGGUGUCUGCUGCCGCUGUGGAAGCGUCUUAAUAGUUUGUAUGAUGAAGCAGAAGACAACAUGGAGGAGCAGCAGCACCAUUAUAUGCUGCUGCUGCAGCUGCUGCGCUGCCUCAGCUCCCUUGCUUCCCCACCCCCAAACGAAUGGAUCAAGUUUUGGCUUAAGUUUGGGCCGGUGCUGAAUAGUCAGAAGGCGUGGAAACAGCGAGUAAAGGAAAUAGAGACAGAUACAGCAGCAGCAGCAGGAGCAGCAGCAGCAGAUGGGCUCGAAGGCCUCAACCCAGAAGAGAGACAAGCAGCACAAAAUUUAAUUGAAGAGGAGAGAGGCAAACGAAGCCACAUCAGGACGAAGGAGACGCUGAGUUGCGGCAGUUUGUGGCAUCUCUUGUCGAAGUUUUACUUCGAUCAAACAGACCUCGUUGAGAGGAGAGCACACAACACGCCGCUGCAGCAAGAACUAAACAAACUCGUGGCGCAGCGGGAGUCUCUCUACAAGCGCGAAAAAGAAUUAAAAGAUGAAUUGGCUGCUCUCCAGGAGGAGGAGACACCUGACGAAGAUGCAGAAGGAGACAAUCAGCAGCAAACACGAACUGCUGGCAGACUUAGAAGGGGAGGAGCAGCAGAAGAAAAGAGACGGAGAGAGGCUUUAAGAGAUCAGUUGGAGGCCAUUAGAGACGAAUUGUUUACACUCAGUGAAGCCAUUGCUGCUGCUACACGCAGACUUCGUGAUUCAGUAGACCGGGCUAAGACAGCCAUCAGCAGCAUCCAGCACUUCGUUUGCUCUGUUCUGGAGAUGCCGACUGCAGCAGCAGCAGCAGCAGAAGUGCCGCCGUUUGUAGCGUCGCAGAAGCAGCUCAGACUUGUCAAGGCAAUGCUGCAGCACGGGGUUGAUAACAAGCGGAGCAGCGUGCUGCAGCUGGUGCUGCAGGAGGUGCAGCAGCAGCUGUUUCCCCUGAUGCAGCGCCAACUGGAUCUUGAGGGUAGCAGCUACAUUGCUGCUGCUCAGCGCGGUGCAGCUGGAUCAGAAGGCGCAGCAGCAGCAGGAGCAGCAGAAGCAGAGGCAGCAGGAGAAGGUAGGGCUCUAGGCUGGUGGAGCAUCACCUCUGUACACUCCGAUUUAAUGAAGAAGGUGUGGAGGGCCCUGAGGACGUUCUAUGCUGUCGUCACCAGCCUGCCGCCGCUGCAGCUAGCUGUCUUCGUUGCUCAAAAUCAGCCGGAGAUCCGCCGCAUCUUCAAAGUUAACCCCAGCAGCAGCAGCAGCAGCAGCAGCAGCAGCAGCAGCAGCUCAAGGGGGAGUGAGGAGGCGCGUUUAGGGGGGGCCCUCCGGGGCGGUGCAUCGUUCGGGGUCUCCGCUUUGUUAGAACAUGAAAAGAUGAAGCAGCAGCAGCUGCUGGAGUGGGGGAGGCAGGAUCCGCUGCGGGCGAAGCAGCUGCUUCGGCAGCAGCAGCAGCUGCAGAUGGAGAAGGAGCGACAGCGCGGUGUGCAGCACUUACCGUUUCUGCAGCCCCAGAAGGCAAUUGAUUAUCCUCGUCUCUUUGGCUUCACGGAUUUGCUGCUGCUUCCAUUUGAUGUAGAGGGAGACCUCGACUUGCUGCAGGACCAGCAGCAGCAGCAGCAGCAGCAGCAGCAGCAGCAGCAGCAGCAGCAGCAGCAGCAGCGUGGGUCUGGAGCAGCAGCAGCAGGAGGAGGAGCAGCAGGAGGAAAAGGCGAUUCCGGGGGUUAUAAGAGCAGCAAGGAUUUGAGCGGCAGCUACUGCAGCAGCGAUUGGCUGUAUGUUGGGGGGGAGCCUCUGCUGCAUGCGUCAGACGUGGAGUCUCUGCAUUUGCUGCUGUGCGGGUUUAUCGGGGUGUCUCCUUUCUUUGCUGCUCCUCUCAACCCAGAGACACAUGAAAAUGCUUUAUAUACAGGCAGACAUUACUCCGCGGCGUUUCUUAUUGAAGCUGCACUCAAAGAUAAAAUCAGAGGAGCUGAUGCGGACCACCACAAGCCCUGGGAUGCAGAGGUGCUGCUGAAUUUGAUUGCGUGGAUAUUUGCGUUUAACGUUCGAUAUUUCUCCGCCUCCAACAUUUUAAGGCAGAAGGCCCGUGCGAAGCAGCAGCAGCAGCGCAAGCUGCAGCAGCAGCAGCAGCAGCAGCAGGAGCAGCAGGAGGGGGAUGAUUUGGCUGCUUGGCAGCGGCGUUGGGCGGAGCAGAUGAAUAAGUCGCAGCAGCAGGAUGAGCAGCAGCAGCAGCAGCAGGAAGAGGAAGAGAUCCAGCUGCUCGAUCGGGUAGAUAUGAUAUUCUGCAUGCAGGGCUUUGAUACUUCUCUUAUUCAUACGUUUUUAUUAGAGACACUGCAAACCUGCGUACGAGAAGAUAAGCUAAACUAUCGCAGCAGCAGUUUAUGUGUUGCUGCUCUUCGAUGUCUGAGGCAGCUGCUGCGGCUUAUGGAGCUGCACGUAAGAAGCAGCAGCAAGGAGGUCUGUGCUGCAGUGCAGCAGCAGCUGGAGAGGUGGAUAGGCAGCGGCAUUGUCUCCGAGUUGUCUUAUGUGCUGCGGCGCUAUAAACCUCGCAGCACCAACCCUUAUAUAUUUCUUUUUGCUGCUGAGUGUACACUGUCUCUUAUAUCUCUGCUGCAGCAGCUAGGUGGCUGUGUCUCUGCUAGUCUUGAGGGGCUUAAAAUAAGAAAGAGUCGCAGGCCAGGGGGUGCAGCAGCAGCAGCAGCCUUCUGGGAUGAUGAGGAGACACUGCAGCAGCAGCAGCAGCAGCAGCAGCAACGCACUCGACAAGUUACCACUGAUGAUCUCCUCAGCGACUUCUUCAGAGGAGAUAUCAUUCGAAACUGCAUGUUCUUUAUAAGCCGCUACCGAUCAAACCCUUUGUCUGUUAAUGUUGGUUUAGUAGCAAUGCUGAGGCAGCUGCUCGAUUAUAGGAAAAGGCCUCAAGAAAAUGUUUGCGUUUUCUUCGAUAUUUCUUCUUUUCUUGUCUUUCAACAGCUUCUAAAUGACCCUCAGCUGACGCUCAACCCAAACUACUUCUUUUUAGGAGACCUUGCUGCAUAUGUUGUAAAGGCUUUCUUUCGUCUAUGGCGAACAAACUGUCUCCUUCCUGUGGAGUUACUCUUUAGCAAGCAAAGGGCCCCUCAAACACUUGUCUCUUGCAGGGCCCCCUCUUCUGCUGCUGCUGCUGCAGCAGCAGGGGGAGGAGAAGCAGGCGGCGAUGCGGAAGCAGCAGCAGCAGCAGCAGCAGCAGAGGAUGCAGCAAUGACGCAGCAGGAUUUCUGGUGCCCUGCGUCUCUUCCAGCGCUGCAGUCUCUUAGCAGCAACUACAGCAGAGGCAUCGAUGCUAAGGUGCAACAGCAGCUGCAGCAGCUGCCACACCUCGAGCCGCAGGAUGCCUUGAGAGUAGCAGCAGAAGAAGCAGCAGCAGCAAACGGGAGACACAGAGACAGCACUGCAGCAGGAGCAUGGACCCAUGAAGAAGACUGCAUGCUGCUGCAGUUCUUCGAACAGUUUAGGGGUGUCAGAGACUAUUACACCUACAUUGCAGAGCUUAUGGGUAGACACCCUAAAGCUGUGCGGAAGAGACUGCAGCAGCUGAGAGCAGAGAACGAAGGAGACACUGCAGCAGCAGCAGAAGACGAAGAGGAGACAGCAAUGCCUCCAGAGGAGACAUUUAAAGAUGCACACGGCGAAGAGCUCAAAGGGUCUCCUGCUGCUCUUGCUGCUGCAGUGCUGGCAUUUAGAAAGAAGGAUUGGCGGGCCUUCUGUGCUGCAGCAGGAGACAGCGAGGAGACAGUUGGUGCUCGCGUUUCAUACAACGCAGAGCGUCUUCUUGAGGGUGUUGCUGCUGCAGUUAGGGACGCCUGCAGGCUGAAGAGACAGCUGGAAGAGACGCUGGGCUUUGGCAGCACAGCAGCAGCAGCAGGAGAGCAGGUGAACGUAGAAGAGCCUGCUGAGGCCCCGCUCCCGCUGCUAGACAGCGCAGAGUUUGCUGCUCUUAUGGAGGCCCUCAACUGCAGCAAGACAAAAGGAGACACUUCCUGGUGUCUCCGUACAGACAGGCCUUAUGAAUACCUCGUUGCGAUGGUGGAUCGACUUGAGCUUCUAACCUCACGCAGUCUGCAGGACUUGGAAGCAGAGCAACAGAAGAGGAGACAAGAGAAGCAAAAGAAGAGACAGAAGGCGAGGAGCUUCUUGUUCCGGAGUGCUCCUCUAGCUGGGGGCCUCAUAGAGUUUCAACGCCGCGUGCUCGACCUGCAAACAGCAGCAGCAGCAGCAGCAGCAGGAGACAGUUCGGGUCUCUUCGCGGAUGAUCAGAGCGCCAAACAGGCAGCAGCAGAAACAGCAGCAGCAGCAGCAGCAACAGCAGGUCGAGAGCCAAAGGAACUCCUCGCUGAUCUUCUGGGCUCCUUCCGAGCAUUGCUGCAGCAACUAGAGACACCGCCAGCGCAGCAGCAGCAGCAGGAGCAGCAGGAGGAGGAGCAGCAGCGCGUGCUGCCUGUAGCUUCUCUUAGUUGGUUUGCAGCGCUGCGUAAAGAAAGGCCUUUGAGGAGACUGCUUUGGUUAAUGGGGCUUGAAGCAGAAGAAGGAGACACCUGCACUCGCUGGGUGCUGCCUGCUGCUGUCUCCGCCUCCACCUGGCGGGAUCGUCUCCACGUCUUCGAUGCAAUGCAUGCGAAGACACUCGAUGACCUAGAGAUGCUUGUAGAAGACAUCCGCCCGCGAGAAAGGGAGACAGGUGGAGAGCGGCGAGAAGGAGACAGAAGAGAGAGAGGAGACAGAAAGAAGGGGAAGAGACACAAAUCGAAGGAUAAGGGCACCGCAGCAGCAGCAGCAGCAGCAGAUGAGAGACCCGUAAGAAUAAAGAGCUACCCUCCAAAGCCUACGCUGCAGCAGCAGUUUGUGCUGGUUCAGAAACUCUUAGAAUGGAGACAGUUUGUUGAGUCACAAGAGAUGGGUGAAGUUGUGGGGGCUGAUGAACAGCUGCUGCGCCUCGUCAGCUGUCUAGACACCUGGGUUUGCCGCCGUGCUGCUGCAGCAGAAGCAGCAGCAGCACAAGCCGCUGACCUCUCGGAAGAGGCAGCAGCAACAGCAGCAGCAGCAGCAGACAAGGCUGUGGGGAACCUCGUGGUGACCCAGCACGGGGGAGCCGGAGACGAGGAGGAGAGGGGAUCGGGAUCGGGAUCGGGAUCGUGGGGUCGGGGGCGUCUCCCCACAACUGUGCAGGCGCUGUGGGUUUGUGCUGCUCUGGGGGGACAGCCAACUGUGGGGAGCGACAAUAAGAAGUGGAUCUGGCUAGCAGAUUCAGAUCUCUUGCCUGUCUCCUGGCUGAAAAGACAGCUGAAGCUGCUACUCAAAGCGUUAACAGACCCUAGGCUCAGCACUGCAGCAGCACUGAAAGAAGAGGCAGACGCACUUGCAGAGUUGGUGCAGCAACAACAGCAGCAGCAGCAGCAAGAAGAAGAAGAACGGCAACGCAAGAUACAGGAGGAGCAGCAGAAACAGCAGGAGGAGCUGCAGCAGAGAAGGAGACAGAAACGCAAGCAAAGGAGACACAAAAAAGAGGAAUAUGAGGAGGCUUCCGAGGCGUCUGACAGCAGCAGCAACAGCAACAGGAGCAGCAGCAACAGCGAUGCUGCUGCUGACGAGGAGGCAGACCAUGCAGAAGAAGUGUCUCCUCAGCGCAGCCGCAGGCGCAGCAAGAAGAAGCAAAUCAACGAGGCUGAGGAAACCAGCGAGGAGACAGCUGCUGCUGCAGCUGAGCCGCCCGACGCCGCGGAGGAAGUAGCAGAGGCCGAGGCUGCAGCAGCAGCAACAGAAACAGCAGAAGCAGCAGCCACAGCAGAAGCAACUGCAGCAGAAGCAACUGCAGCAGCAGAAAGAUCAAUUCCAGGGUCUUCAGCAGCAGGAGCACCCGCAGCGCCCGCUGCUGCUGCUUCUUCUACUGCAGCAGCAGCAGAAGCAGCAGCGGAUGAGGACGAUGCCUUUGCAGCCUGGAUACGCGGCACCGUAGAGGCCAGAGGAGACACAUCAACUGCUGCUGCUGCUGCUGCUUUGCUGCCUGAAGGCAUCAAAAAGUUUGUGGCGGAGACGGAGAAGGAGAAACAGCAGCAGCAGCAACAACAACAGCAGCAGCAAAAGCGCAUGCUGACGGAUGAUGUCGGUGCUCCAGCGGAUAUGAUGGAAGAAGAUGUCCAGUCAGCAGCAGCAGCAACAGCAGCAGCAGCAGCAGCAGCAAAUGUUGAGGAGCAGCAGAGCAGAGCCAAGAAGGCCCGAAAGGCACCCAACCCAGAAGAGCUUCGCGAGCUGCUGCAGGACUGCUACCGCAUAGUGGAGACAGGGGUAAGUUGCAGGAGCCGCACUGCAUGCAGCAGCAGCAACAGCACUAGCAGCAGCAGCAGCAACAGUAACAGCAUCUGCGACAAGCGGGCAGCAGGAGCAGUAAUAGCAGCAGAGGCAGCGCCAGCAGUAGCACCAGCAGCAGCAGCAGCAGCAGCGGCAGGGUUUUGCUGUGGUGUGCUUUAUGUGUGUGAACAGCAGCAGCAAAAGCUGCAGCAGGAGACAAUUGCAGACUUCCUGGGCAAGGACAGAUUAAGGGGACCUUCAGCGCUGCGGCGUCUGCUGCAGCAAUCGUAG